GUGCGGAGCGAGCGGAGGAGCGCGGCGGGUGGCUGCCAUGGAGCGCUACGAUAGAGCGGCGCCCCCGGAGCUCGGGCAAAAUGAGGGUUCCUUAACAUCAACUCUAAGAACGCUUCUGUUCUUCACAGCUCUGAUGAUCUUACUACCCGUUGGACUGUACUUCUCUUCAAAGGCUUAUGUAUUUGAAGGUACCUUGGGAAUGUCCAACAGAGACAGCUAUUUUUAUGCUGCCAUCGUCGCUGUAGUUACUGUUCAUGUGGUACUUGCUCUCUUUGUCUAUGUAGCUUGGAAUGAAGGAUCUCGACAGUGGCGUGAAGGCAAGCAGGAUUAAAGCAAGCAUCACCAUCUGAUAGCCACAGACUGAUGACUGGAUAUUUGUGGAUGGAGUGAAAAACAUUCUUGUGCUGUAUACACAUACAAAGUAGAAGUUAAUGCCUCUGGGCUCUGAAUGUGUGGACCUGUGUGUGCCUCUGAGCCUGUGUGUGACUAGUCCAAGAUUUGUGCUCAUCUCAGCUGAAUACUAGUAAUUUGUCAAAGGGUGACAAUUUCUCAUUUAAAUCAACCUCAACCUGGCAAUGUUGGAGAGGCCUUCACCUGAAAUUGGAGUGGAGUGACUAGAAGUUAGUUCUGACCUGCUAUAAACAAGAUGUAAAGAAAUUGAGACAAAUUUUGCUUCAUAACUGACCCAUAUUUAUGUAUUCCUAGUGUUAAGUUACCAGUUAACAAGGCUGAGUAACUUCCUAGUAGGACUAAAACAGUAGAUUUGCUUCCCGCUUGCUCUUGUUGGAUGCUCAGUUUUAAAAACAUGGGAUCAAAUUGACCAUCACUUUGUGCUACUCAGCCAUGGUAGCCCAUGAGUGUACAGUUUACAUUUUUAAUGGAAGAACAGAGAGAGAAUGUUUCUUACAUAAUCCUAAAAGACAGCUCUUGAGAGUGAAAGAUCUUGCAUAUGGGAGAGUGGCUUGUUAAUGUUUUAUGGGAACUAAGCUAUCAGAACAACAGAAUAGAGGAUGCACUCUUAAAAUUUCACUAUCAGACACAUCUCAUGUUCACUGAAAAUCAUUAGCUUGCAUCAAAACAUUUUCUGAUUCUUACCAUCAUUUCCAGGAAAAGUUAUUUCAUAAAAUACAAGGAACCAUGUAAUGUGAUGUCUUACUGCUUCAGGAAGCUGUGGCAAAUACAUUUGAGGGAUUAUACUGCAGCUGGGGUGGUGUACUUAAGGCUUAAGACCAAAUGGAUAUGAGUAACCUCCCAAGAAAUGCAAUAAAUCUCCUAGAAAGGCAAGUCUGGGAAUAAUGGCGUAGCAGUGUAGCAAGGUGGACAGAAAAUUCAGUUGGUGUUUUCUAUUUCAUAGUAAACCAUUUUUAGAUAUUUAUCAUUUUAAAUUUUAAUUUUGGCUUGUUGCAUGUUUCACUGACACUUUCAGUAUCGCUAGAAGAUUUCUGUAGUCCUGACCUGCUCAUACUUCCACUCUUACCACCUUGAAGCUUUGCCGCAAAGGAGAACUGCCUAUUAUUUUUCUUUCCAGUGACAAUAGUAAGUUGCAGUUGCUCCUAAACAAUUCUCACUUUUAUCCACCUCCCACCACUAAUUGAGUGUGUUGGAUAUUUCUUAUGUUGCAGUCGUGGACAAAAUAUAUUGAAGAGUCUGUUUGGGAGAUGUGCUGGAGGAACAAGUGAGAUUUAAGGGGAGAAAGCCAGCUAAAGCAAUACCCUUAAAAACUUUUGUCCACUAUUAAACACAACAUAAUGGUGACCAUGUUUUAUCAUCACUACCUCUUCCAUGACAAGUAUCCACUUUGCAUAUUUAGUUGUUGAAUCACGAAAUGAAUUUGUUCUAAUUUUCUAUUCUCUUGGAAAGAAAGGGGCUCUACGCAAAGUCACAUCAGGAUGAAAUUUAUCUAGCAUCGUUAUCCUGAGUUUCAUUCUGCUUUUGUAUUAACUGUUUUUUUAAUGUGUGUGGAGCAGCAUUUUUCCUAAGAUCACAAUAAUGUGUAACAUUUCCUAUACUUUCAUUUUUUAAAUUUUUAUUUUAAAAAGGGCACGUUGUGACUUUGCUUAUCAUGGUCAUAUAGUUCUAAAGGGAUUGUUGGUUGAUGUGGCAAUUGAAUUGUUUGUACCCAUACUUGUGGUCUGCAGAACAUGACCACGAAUAUGGCGAAUCAACUACUCAGGCUUAUGUGCACAACAGGUACAGAAGUGUAUUAAGACAGACUGUGACUGACCCCCCCCCCCCGCACUAAUAUUCAGGAGCAAGUACUAGAAAUGAAGCAUACUGCAUGUUAGCUGCAGAUUAGCACAAAUCAGUCUCUCAAUCUCAUGUCUGAAGCAUUAACUUUUCCAAUCUGGAAGUCCAGGGUUCGAUGGGUGCAGGCACACUAGAGAAGAGUACUGUAGUUAUUUGAAAUGCAGAUUCAUUUUGUAAGAUGCCAUUCUGAGAGAUCCCUAUUCCCCAGUAUAUGUACCCCCAUGUUAUAGAAGAGCCCUUUAAUAAAGAAUGAUCAUUUACUGA